GACCACCAUCAGCUGGGCUGCCCUGGCAUGGCGCAUGGCCAGUGGCACGCUCACACUGUGGUGCACACCAUCAUGGGCCACCAUGCCGGCCAUGGCGGAUAUGACUGCGAUGCAGGCUACUCCAAUUGGGAGCACGGCUGGUCGUACCACAAGAAGACGUAUUGCUGCGAGCACGAGCACAAGGGCUGCCAGCCGUACCACUGCCACCACCACGAGGAGGAGCACGACACGUGGUCCGAGGAUAAGCGCGACUAUUGCUGCGGCCACUUCCAAAUCGCCUGCGCUUCAACCACGCUGUCGCCUCUUGGGUGUGACGCCCCGUGCACGCUUCACGGCGACACCAGCACCUGCAAGCAGCGCAUCGACUGGACGAUGGAGCACACCUUCGAUGGCCAGGAGAACGCCUGCAAUCUGGCCUACAGCGCCGUGCAGGUGGAGUGCGACGUCUGCCGCGCCUGCAGCAUCCAGGAAGCGGGCUGCGGCGAUCAGGGCCCGGGCUCCGAUCCCUACGACUGCAAUGCCGCUCUGGGCAACUGGUGCCGGGCAUGGUCGCCCGAGAAGAAGGUCUGGUGCUGCCAGAACGAGCAGAAGGGCUGCCAGAACCCGGACACGCCUCCGGACUGCGAUGCUGGCGCCGGCAUGGUCUGGAAGAAGGUCUUCGUCUCGAACCACUGGACGUGGCAGGCCGCCCACGGCACGCGCUGCGUCGUUUGCAAUGCCUGUGCCGUUCGCUUUCGGCAGGCCGUGUCCGCUGUCAGUGGUUCGGUCAUGAGCAAGCCCUAUGACUGCCACGCCGGCUUGCGCAACUGGGGCACGGGAUGGUCGGCGCCGAAGAAGACGUGGUGCUGUUCCCACGAGCAGGUGGGCUGCCCUGGCUACCACUACGCCGGUGUCCACACGCACGGCAACCUGCCUUUCGACUGCUUUGCCGGCGUCACGGCGGGCUGGUCUGGCGGGAAGAAGCACUUCUGCUGCCUGCACUUUGACAAGGGCUGCUGA